AUGGAUGAUGAUAUCCUCCAGGAGAGAGAAUCCAAGAUCAGAAGCAAUAAAUUAGCCUUUUAGGAGGUGCAACAGACAAGCGAAUAUAUGGAAACUCACUACUAUAAUCAGAAAAGUCUCACUGAGUCUAAAUAAUAUAUGACCAUGAACCUAUUCUGGGCAGAUUAUGCCAACUACUUGGCAACCAGAGUUGACGAGAGCAAGCCAUUCCUUACUGCUAAUUUCAUAAGAUGUAUUAAAGAUAGCAGAUCUGCACUAAUAAGCUUAGCUAUACUUGGACUGGCAUUCGAAGAUGUUUCUCAUACAUAUAAAACUAAUGAGGAAGGAAGUAAGAGAAGCAUCUCUUGA